AUGACUUCAGAGGCAAGGCCCAGCGAUGGACCUGAGCCGAUAGCCAUAGUUGGCAUGGGGUGCCGAUGGCCUGGUAGUGUCAAGUCGCCUGGCGACUUGUGGGAUCUCUUGAAGAAUAAGAGAGAUGGGUACCGGGAAUUUGUCGAGCCACGCUUCUCAAAGAAGGGGUUCUACCAUCCAAAUCCGGAUCGCCCAGGUACAAUGUCGACCAAAGGUGGAUUCCUGGUGGACGAGGACCCCCGGCUAUUCGAUCAUUCUUUCUUCGGUAUGACGGGUCUGGAGGUGGAAACCAUGGACCCGUCGCAGCGGAAGCUACUCGAAGUCGUCUACGAAGCAUUCGAGAAUGGUGGCGAGACUUGGGACAGUAUCUCAGGAUCUCGGACGGGCGUAUUCGUCGGCAACUUCUCCCUCGACCACUGGAUGAUGCAAGCCAGAGACUGGGACUACCCUCGCCCUUAUGCCACCACAGGUGCGGCAACCAGUAUCCUUGCUAAUCGUAUAAGCUAUAUCUUCAACUUGCAGGGCCCAAGUCUUGCAUUGGAUACUGCUUGUUCCUCGUCCAUGUAUGCAGUGCAUUUGGCAGUCAAUUCUAUCCGCAACGGAGACUGCGACUCGGCCAUUGUAGCAGCGUCCAACUGGCUAGUGGACCCCAGCCUACAGAUUGCACUAAACAAGCUCGGCGCCCUGUCGCCUACUUCAAGAUGUCACACUUUCGAUGCCAGCGCCGAUGGGUAUGCGAGAGGUGAAGGAUUUGCCGCACUAUAUAUCAAAAGGUCAUCAUUAGCUGCCCUGGAUGGGUCCCCCAUGAGAGCUCUCAUUAGAGGUACAGCUGUAAAUGCAAAUGGUCGGACUGGAGGCAUCACUCGGCCAAGUGCAGCAGGCCAAGAAGCUGUCAUUCGCCAAGCAUACGCAAAUGCUGGCAAUCUACCAUUUUCAGAGACGACCUAUUUCGAGUGCCAUGGUACUGGAACACCAGUGGGUGAUCCCAUUGAGGUAUCAGCGGUCGGCAAUGUCUUCUCAUCAGUCCGAGCCUCGCCCACUGACCCUCUGUUCAUCGGAUCCGUCAAGACCAACCUGGGGCACAGCGAGGGUGCUAGCGCCCUCGCAGCCAUCAUGAAGAUUGUUCUUUCGCUAGAGGCUAGAGCGAUCCCACCGAGUUUCGGCGUCGAGAGACUCAAUCCAAACAUCGAUUUUGAAAAGGCUCGAGUUCAUGUGGUCACAGAGUUGACACCAUGGCCAGAAGACAAGGUCCUGCGAGCCAGUAUCAACUCAUUUGGUUUCGGCGGCGCAAAUGGGCACUGUAUCAUUGAUGAUGUCAGUGUUGUCUAUCCGAGUUAUCACGAAAAUGUAGGACAUAGCUCCACCCGUCGAGCACAGGCAGCAAAUGGUCGUACAAAUGGCCACACAAACGGCCACACAAAUGGGAGUACAAAUGGGUAUUCCAAUGGUGCCACUUCCAAUGGACAGUCGAAUGCACAUCAAAACGGCGACUCAGUAUUGCGACAUAAACCCUACAUAGAAGAACCGAAAAAGAUCCAGAAAGCUACCGCACCUUCUCGCGAGCUUGUUCUACUGCCAUUUUCCGCCCAGAGUGCACAAUCGCUGAAGCUCAACAUUGACGCGCUGUCCGACGUCGUCGACGAUUUCUCCCUGGCGAACGUGGCGUACACUCUUGGGUUGAAGCGCUCCAAGCUGCAGCAAAGGACGUUCCGCAUUGUCAACAAAUCCAACGUGAAGGAAGGUUUGAAUGUCGAAAAAAAGAUUUUCUCAAGUCCCCUACAGUCGGCGAAUGUCGGAUUUAUCUUCACGGGUCAAGGUGCGCAAUGGACGGCCAUGGGUGCGGAGCUUUUCCAGUAUCGGGCAUUCCGGACUGCCAUUUUGUACCUAGAUCACGUCCUCCGAUCGCUGCACGAUCCUCCGUCGUGGUCUAUCAAGGACAUAUUGAGCGGAAACUGCGAAAAGGACUUGGUCCAACAACCUGAGAUAUCGCAGACGGCAUGCACGGCACUGCAAGUCGGUCUGGUGGAUCUCUUGGCUUCUUGGUCAGUUCGUCCUUCGAGCGUUGUCGGGCACUCUUCUGGUGAGAUGGCAGCAGCAUACGCGUCCGGUCGGAUAACAGCCGCCGAAGCCAUCGUGGCGGCUUACUAUCGCGGCAAAGCAGUCGCAAAGAACAAGCAACAGGGUACGAUGUUAGCAGUAGGCCUGGGACCUGAGGACGUGUCCGACUACUUGCAUGUUCUUCAAGGCGGUGAGGCCAGAAUUGCAGCCAUCAAUUCGCCAAACAGCGUCACACUGUCUGGAGAUACACCUGCCAUUGAACAGCUAGCAAAGGCCUUGACCUCGGAUGGUGUAUUCAAUCGCAUGCUUCGUACAGGUGGAAAUGCGUACCACUCGCACCAUAUGAUCCCAUUAGGUGCUGACUAUAGUACGAUGCUUUCUGGAGGCCUCGAUCGCAUCCGUGAGCUCGAUGUCGACCACGAGCAUUAUCCCGAAGUGCCCUGGCUAUCCUCUGUUGCGCCUGAAAAGUCUAUAUCAAGCUCUGACACGACAGCUGCAUAUUGGCGGGCCAAUCUAGAAUCUCCGGUACGAUUUUCCGAGGCGCUGAAAAACAUGGUGUCUCAAGAAAAUCUUCCAAUCGAUGUUCUCGUUGAGAUAGGGCCUCAUGGUGCCUUGAAGAGUCCAGUCACCCAAAUACUGAAGAGCGUUGGAAAAUCUGUACCAUACGCUGCCUCUUUGAGCAGAAACGAAGAUGCACGGGAGUCUGUGUUGGAACUUGCAGGUACGCUUUUCGGACUCAACGCAGCUAUCGACUUGUGUACAGUCAACGCUUUCGACGAGGGCAGUGACAGUGAGACUGCAGUCGUACAUGGCUAUACAGAUAUUGAUCUUCCUCCGUACCAAUAUUCUUAUGGCCCUGUGAUUUAUAACGAGAGUCGUGUGAGUAAGGAAUACCGAUUGAGAGAUGUCAUCAGGCACGACUUGCUGGGCUCUAGGAUUGCUGGCAACGCCAAGUUGCGACCACAAUGGCGCAACAUUCUUCGAGUCAAGGAUGUUCCUUGGUUAGCUGAACAUCGCUUGAUCCCAGACGCUGUAUUCCCAGCAGCCGGAUACAUGACCAUGGCAUUAGAGGCAAUGGCUCAGGUCUAUACAGAUUUGCCCGAAUCUCUGGACGUCAGUGGCUACAAACUUCGAAAUGUUGCCAUCAAAUCAGCCCUUAGAAUUCCAGAAGAUGACUACGGCGUUGAGGUGAUCCUGAGCCUGGAACUUGACGACGCAUUCAACCCAAAAUCUCCCACUUGGGCCUCAUUUACCAUCAGCACAAUUUCUCAUGGGUCUAACGAAUGGACGGAACAUUGCACCGGGCUUGUAAAGGCUGAAAUUGCCGACCCCGAGGAGCAGACCAAGAUAAGCAUCUCAAGCAGCCGGAAGGUGGUUGAUGCUCGUUCAUGGUAUCACAAGUUCUCGUCCAUCGGCCUGGGGUAUGGGUCAGCGUUUCAAGGCUUGUCGGAGAUCAGUGCCGACCCUAGGCAACAAGUGGUCCAAGCCAGAGUUUCAAUGAGCACAACCGCAGAUACCAUAACUGGGGGAGAAUCGGGUUAUCUUGUCCAUCCGAGCUCACUCGAUGCUACAUUCCAACUCGGCCUCAUUGGUUGUCAUGGAGGCGAGCUCAGUAGAGCUACCACGGCGUAUGUCCCUGUUCACCUCUCGGAGAUGUACAUCAAGAAUGGCAUCAACGGAAAACAGACUACGGCCAUCGCGAAAGGAGAGCUUCGCGGUCUCCGCGGCGCGUAUAUCCAGCUCCAAGUGCUUGAUGACACUGGAGACGUUGUGCUCAAUAUCGACCAGCUUCGUUGCAUCAGCUACAGCGAGUCAAAGUCGAUUAGUGCAGCUCAAUCCAAAGCUUUUAGCAGCCCAUUCACGAGGUUGGUGUGGAAGCCAGAUAUCCGUAAUCUCGACAACGAUCAGUGUCGCCAGAUAUUCAGCCCGCCAAAGGAGAACCUCGAGAAGAUUCCGCUUCUACUCAAUUUGAAUAAGAUAGCCUCCAUCAUUGUUUACGACAUGUAUGAGUCCUUUGGCAAAGGCUCGGAGAUCCCGAUACCCUCCGGGAAUGUCGGUCACUUUUUCAAUUGGGUGGAGCGACGUGUUCAUGAGGAUACACCUCUGAUGCAAGAAGCAAAACAGCUUUCGAAAGAGCAGAGACUUCAAUCCAUUGAGGAGUUGUACCAAGGAAUGUCUUUUAACCCCGAAGCUAGAGCUGUCAAGGCACUACAUGCAAACAUGAGUGAUAUCCUCAAGGAACGCACAACCGGAGUUGAUGUCCUCGUCAAUGAGGGAAUUCUGGCAUCGCUUUACGAGACAGGGUUGUUCAUGACCAGCGCAUAUCCUCAGCUUCACAACAUCCUCGAUAGUCUGGGCCAUGCAAACCCCGAUCUGCGUUUACUGGAGCUUGGAGCUGGAACAGGUGGUGCGACUCGAGUUGCCAUGAAAGCGCUUGCUGGUCCCAACGGCAUCAAACGAUAUGGUGACUACACUUUCACGGAUAUUUCCCCGGGAUUCUUGACCUCGGCUCGGGAAUCCAUGGCCGAGUUUCACGACGUCAACUAUGCGACCUUGGAUAUCGAGAAGGACCCACUGGAACAAGGAUUUCAGCCUGUGUAUGAUGUCGUCAUGGCGUCGCAGACCUUGCAUGCGACAACAAGCAUUUCAGAGACAUUGGCAAAUUGCCGAAAGCUCUUGAAGCCAGGUGGUAAAUUGGUACUGGUAGAGAACACCAGAAAUCAAAUACUGGUUGGUCUGGUGCUUGGAACGCUCACCGGAUACUGGCAUGGUAUUCCCGACGGGCGCUUGGACAUGCCUUUCUUGAGUUUGAAUUCAUGGGAGACAGCUCUCCGAGCGGCAGGGUUCAACGGUACUGAGAUUGUGUUGGACGAUUACCCUCAUCCUCACAACACGACAACGACUCUUGUGAGUACGCUGCAGGAUGAGAACCCCGGACAGGAAGCAAAGAGUCGAGGAGAGGGGGCAACCGCUAAGAUCAGGUUGAUCUGGCACGACGAAACAGAGCGACCGUCGCUCCUUGUCGCACUCUACCAAGAUCUACUGUCUCAAGGGGCUUCUGUUCAAGUUGUUCCUUUCAAGAAAGCCCUGCACAAUCUAUCAUCCAAUGAACGGGUGAUUCUGUUCCUCCAUGAGAACCAGUUGACGCUAGAUGAAGACGAAGAUACUUUGAAGACAUUUCAAAAUCUCGUAUCAAGCGCUGCAAGCUUGCUGUGCUUGACUUCUUCAGGGAUGGUAAAGGGCGUCAAUCCCGAUGGGGCCGUGGUGGCUGGUCUGCUGCGUACAAUUGCGACUGAAAAUCCCGCGGGUCAAUACAUGUCCAUCGACAUCAAUGCUGAAAACUACAAUGUGGAUGACAAGGACCUAGUCAAGACGAUCCUCGCUCAGGAGCAGUUGCUGCAGCAGGAGACAAGCGAUGCAAAUAUCGACAGCGAGUUUGUCUGGCAGGACGGUUGUCUUUGGGUCAGCCGGAUUGUACCAGACUCAGGACUGCAAGAAUUUGCAGAACUGAACAGGAGUCCCAAGAACAGCAAUACAGAGCUCUUACCUCUAGACAGUCAGGGACCCGUCCGCGCCGCCUUUGAAACCCCCGGUAUACUGAGUUCCCUUUACUUCAAAUCCUACACCGAACUUCAGCAGCCGCUUGCAGCCGACUGGAUCGAUGUCAAGGUUGCAGCGGUCGGGCUGAACUGGAAGGACCUGGGCCUAUCCUCGGGCAAAUUUGACGGCAACAAUCUGUCCUCUGAGUUUGCGGGUAUUGUUGCUGCGGUCGGUGCAAAUGUGACCAAUGUUUCCAUAGGCGACAGGGUCUAUGGUACCGCCAAGGGGCAUUUCGGAAACUACACAAGAGUCCGGGCCAUUGCAGCCCAGAAACUACAGUCUAGUGAUGGCUUCGUCGAAGUUGCAACUAUGCCCCUUGUGUACAUGACAGCAGUGUACGCCUUCGACCACCUUGCACAUCUGAGAAAGGGGCAAACAGUCUUGAUACAAUCUGCCACUGGCGGUUUAGGCUUGGCAGCAAUACAGCUUGCGCAGUCCAAGGGUGCCCAGAUUUUCGCCACGGUUGGAACUGACGAGAAAGCCCGCUUCCUUGUUGAAAACUUCAACAUGCCAUCUUCGCAUAUCAUCUCUUCGCGUAGCGAAUCGGAUAUUGCGAAACUGGCCCGCUCUCUUCCCAAAGGCGGCUUUGAUGUCAUUCUCAGUUCUUCCAGAGGAGACAUGCUUUACGCGUCUCUCAAGGCGCUGGCGCCUCUAGGCCACUUGGUCGACGUGGGUAGAAUGGAUGUGACAUCUUCCAAGGUAGUUGGUCUCGAGCUUUUCCAGAAGAAUGCCAACUUUUCAUCAUUUGAUCUAUCACUGCUGCUUGAUGACGAUCCCGAACUUGGAGCCGAGCUGCUACAGACUGUGGACAAGUAUUACAGGGCAGGCCUCAUUGGACCCAUUCAUCCACAUUCAGCCACCGAUAUCUCACAGCUAGACAAAGUCCUGCUUGGGUUUUCCAAAGGUACGCACGUUGGAAAGCUCGUCAUUAGCUUCGAAAAUCCGGACACGCCAGUGAGGAUGAUGUCGCCAACGCCGGUCGCUCGAUUCGACCCCGAGGGCUGCUACGUCAUAACGGGAGGCCUUGGUGGGCUUGGUCAGUCCAUUGUCAACUGGCUAGGGAGCCGCGGUGCACGUCACCUGAUAAUACUUUCCAGACGUGGUCUCGACACGCCAGGCGCAGCAAGCUUCAUUGAGGAGAUGAAAUUGCGCGACAUUGACGUGCAAGCCGUUGCUUGCGACGUGAGCAAGUCUGACAGCGUCGCUCGUGUCAUUGGAGAAGCUGCAGCACAGAGACCAAUCAAGGGCGUAAUUCAUGCCGCGGUCUCUUACUUGGAUGUCUCCUUUGAUAAAGUUUCUGCCGAGAGAUGGCAACAGAGUCUAGCAGCGAAAGUGCGCGGUACUAGAAAUCUCCAUGACGCAACGAUCAAACAACCUUUGGACUUCUUUGUCAUGGUUACAUCCAUAGAAUCCAUAUGUGCUCUCGCUACGCAGAGCGCCUACACUGCGGCCAACAACUUCCAAGAUUACUUUGCCCGUUACCGAAGGCGCCUUGGUUUACCGGCAACGGCAUCAUCGUUUGGUUUCAUCAACGAUCUCGGCUCUCUCAGCACUGAUUCCAUCACCGUCGAUCUGUUUGCCCGGAACAAAGUGCUGACAAUAUCCGAGCACCAGUUCCUUGGCUUGCUCGAGCCUUCUUUCUUGGAUCAUGAGCACUUAUCAGAUGAGAGAGGCUGGAUCGGAAAGCACCAGGACCCGUUGUCCGCUGCCAAUAUUGUCACAUGCAUGGAUCCAGCUGCCAUGGCUGCCAAGAAGAGGGCCGAAGUGGAAAUGGGAACUUCAACCAGCACCGUGCCUCGGUGGUACACAGACGGCCGUGUCUCAUUGGUGAUGCGCGCGUUUGAAGAUGCGCAGCGCCACGAUGGGGAUCUAGCAGCGGCCGAGGAGGCAGCGGGAGGCGGUGGAAAGUCGGGACUGUCCCAAAUACGUCGCGCGUUCCAAAAGGCAAUUGACGCCGGCCCCGACGGGCACGCCAGCGCCACUGAGCUCGUCAGCGAGGCCAUCUCCAACGCCGUCGCUGAAAUGUUGUUCAUUGAUGCGUCAGGUGUGAAUUCCGCCAUGACCGUGGCAGCGCAUGGAGUGGACAGUCUGAUAGCGGCCGAGUUGCGCAACUGGUUCCAUCAGGCGUUCAAGUUCAAGAUCAGCAUGCCGGACUUGCUGGAUGCCCACACCAGCAUUAGUGAGCUUGCCGCCAAAGUUGUUGAUGACGCGUUGGCACCGAGCGAGUAG